CACACAGACUUAAAGCUUUCGCCUUUACCUCUUCAUCUCUCUCCUCUCUCUCUCUCCUUAAAAAGAGUUUUGAGAACAGGAAGCUCAUCACUGAUCAUCAUGGCGACUUCUCUCUUCUUCAUGCCAACAGAUCAAAACUCCGUCGGAAACCCAAACGAGCUUCUGAGAAUUAGCACCAACCUUGGUGUCGUCAACAGCUCCGGCGAGAUCCGGACGACAGAGCCACAGACCCAGAAGAGCCGUGGCCGGAGACCGGGAUCAAAGAAAGGCCAGCAAAACCAGAAAAAACCGACCUUGAGAGGAAUGGGUGUAGCGAAGCUCGAGCGGGAGCGUCUCAAAACCGAAGCAGCAGAGAACAAGCAGAUCGCCGCCACUCUCGUCGGGGACUCGCCAGUAGCAACACCGAUGAACCCUAACAACGCUGCCCGUUUGUUACCCGUGCCAGUGGACCCGGUGCUCGUCCUACAAGGCUUCCCAAGCUCACUCGGUGGAUGCAGAAACAACAGGAUCUAUUGUGGUGGAGUCGGGUCGGGUCAGAUUAUGAUGGGCCCGGUUUGUUCUCCUAAUUGGGGUUUUGUUGAGACCUCUCCUCAUCAUCAUGAGCUCUCUUCAAUCCCAAAUCCUCAAAUGUAUAACGCUAUCUCCGAUCCUCGCUGUGACACUUGCUUCAAGAAGAAACGCGUGGAUGAAGACCAGAACAAUGUAGUUCGAUCCAACGGUGGUGGGUUUUCGAAAUACACAAUGAUUCAUCCUCCUCCGAUGAACGGCUACGAGCAUCUUCUUCAACCAGAUUAUCAGAGGAGCAGCAGCCAAGGUUUCAUGUAUGAUCAUCAUCACAGAAUCGCUAGAUCAGCUCCACCUUCUGCUGCUAGUACUAAUCCGUAUCUUAAUGAGGCGACAAAUCAUACGGUAUCAAUGGAGGAAUAUGGGAGCGGCUACAUGGAAGGAAACCCUAGAAGUGGAUGGGGAGGAGGUGUGAAGGAGUACGAGUUUAUUCCGGGGAAAUACGAUGAUGGCUUUCCAGGAAAAUAUGGUAAAAGAGUUUCAUCAAUGGGUACUACAUCAGUCCUAGGUGAUUGCACAUCAUCCUCCACCAUUGAUUUGUCUUUGAAGCUUUAAAUGUUUUGAAACAUCGUCUCAGAGAUUUUUCAGCUCUCUCUUCCUUUCUCUCUCUCUCUUUUCUAUAUUAAUUUAAACAAAUCGUCGUCUUUUGUUUUGCUUUUUUUUAACCAAUUAAGUAGACAGAAGUAUGAAACAGAAAAGCAAAAGACCCUUUUUUGGUGUAUGCAUCUAAGAGCUGAGUCGAAAGAAAGAUUCAGGCUUUUGGUUUUGGAUUACCCUUUUGGUUGUUUAUUAUGGGAUUUUAAACCUAAACACUCAGACAUAUGUUCUGUUCUCUU